GCGGAUUUUCAAUAUCCUCCAGCGGUUGGGAGGCGAGGAGAUGCUUUUGUUCAAGGAGAAGAUCAAUUACAAGCUCGCUGGUAGUGGUGCAUGGUGACAGCAACAGGACGAAACAAUGCACAAACUGACGGACCUAGGUGGUUUUGGACCGCAUAUCGACGCCAAUGCCUAUACACAUGUUACGAAUAUCAGCCAUUUGACCGUCCUUGCCGCGGUAGAUGAUAUGAGUAUCGAGAACGGUGGGAGCACAGGAAGUUCAAGGUAUCGGCGAUUCUGCUGGUGUCUAAAAUUGACCUCUCGUUCACUACCGGGUUUCAUUCCAUUAGAAAAUCAUUCCCAGCCAUGACAAUAGAGGAAGUACUAAGACACUAAGGGUCGAAAUCUUGAGUCCGCUCCUAGUUUGCAA